ACUCUGAUAUGACAGGUCGGAGUGACGUCACGGCUCCCCCUGUGAAACAUGGCGGCUGCCAUGGAGCUGAGAUGCUGGGGAGCAGACUGGGGUUUGCCUUCUGUCCACACCGACUCCCUCGUAGUUCUGGCAUACUCCAGGUUUUCUGGUGCCAAGCUGACAGUUUCCCACAUUGACUGGACAUGGAAAACUCUAACAGCAAACAGUCCAGAGUUGCUUUGUGGAGACUCUGUAGUACAAGAACCUGCACAGAUUCUCAGUUUUAUGAGGAAACAGAGGUUUAAUGCAGACUAUGAGUUGACAGCCAGACAGGGAGCAGACACAAUGGCCUACAUUGCCUUGCUUGAGGAGAAACUACGACCAGCUUUGCUUCACACAUUCUGGGUGGACGCUGAAAACUACACCAGUCUCACACGGCCGUGGUUUGCCUCACGCUCGCCUUUCCCACUAAACUUCAUCGUCCCCAGUCGCCUGGCCAGCAUCGCGCUCUCCCGCAUCCUUCUCACCAAAGGCGAGGCGCCGCUGCACAGAAUCUCUGAGAUAGAGGGAAAGAUUUACAGUGACGCUAAAGAGUGCCUGAACCUUCUUUCCUACAGACUGGGAACUGCAAACCACUUUUUUGGCAACUCGCCAACCAGUCUGGAUGCCUUUGUGUUUGGCUUCGUUGCUCCUCUGCACAAAGCGAGUCUUCCCAGCAGCCAUCUGCAGAGCCAUCUCAAACAGCUGGAGAACCUCACGCACUUCUGUGACAACAUCCUUGAAGUGUACUUCAGCUCAGACCACCCUUGUCCUCCUCCUCCUCCUCCUCCUGCUGUUCAGGAAUCGAUGGAUGCCAACCUUCAGAAACUAACACAGCUUGUAAACAAAGAGUCCAACUUGAUAGAGAAGAUGGAUGAUAAUCUUCGCAGCAGCCCGCAGCACAAACCCCACAGACUUGACCCCAAACCCAGCCUGUCCAGUGCGAACAGCUCCUCUCCCGCCUAACAGCCAAGCUUUCAGCUCCGCUCCUGUCUCAUGAAGCGCUAAAAGCUAGCGGCGUUGCUCUGAAUCGGACUCAGCGUCUUCUGAAGGGAAAAAAAAAGUCUCAAACGGAAUAUACAUUAUUGGUUAAUUGGGAUAUGUAAUUACUAGAAGCUAUGCUUGAAACACUCAUAAUGGAUCCCGAGGAUGUUGGAAGGGAGGAACCGGCAUGUGUUUAAAAAGGAAGAGUCAAUGAUGGACUGCAGUGGAGUAGCUCUGGAUUAAAGGGAUGCAGAACGUUCAAAGGAUUGAAAGAGCCCAACAAGUCCAAGUGGGGCCCAUAU